AUGCUAAACAAUGGAGAAUACUACAGAAAUAUUUAUCUUUGUAAUUUUACAAACUUUAAAGCUCUAUGCCAGGCUUUACAUUUUCAGCCUUCCAAAUCUCAUAAGAAAGUUUUAAAGAAGAUGUUGAAGUUCUUAACAAAAGGAGAGCUUGCUAAAUUAGAUGGUGAAGUGGAACCCAUGGAUUCUCAUACCAAAGAUGCUGAUGGCUGCAGUUUUCUGUUAAAAGAUGAACCAGAUACCAGCCAGUCUGAGCUAGAGCCCCUCAGUAUUGAUUUUACAGAGAAAGUGGAGAGUGAAGAAGAAAUAAAAGGCGAAAUAAGCUUAAAGAAAGUAGACAUUGAACAUAUGGAAUCAUGUAAUGAGAAAAUUCACCCCAACUCCAGCAAGCCAUUACAGUCAACGAAAAAAGUUGGUCAUGCAACUCCCAAGCCAGGUAACUCCAUUAUGAUAUAAGAAAAGCAGUGAACCAAGUGUUUCAUGUAGUUUUGUUCCUUUGCAUUCUGAUAUGUCUCUUUUAAGGUUUGUAUGUACAACUUUAUGGAAUUGGAAGCUAUCAGCAAUCCAGUACACUAAAAGCAUUAACCCAGUAAUUGUCAGAUAAAUCUUUUUGAGUUUGAUCUGUUGGAAUAUUUUUAGAUGAAUGGAUGUAAGAAGCUGAAUAUGAAUUUAUACCAGUUUCACAAAUAUUUUGCAUUUGUCUUAGCACAGUAGUUACUACGAGGAACUAGUAGAGAAGUAAAGCUGGUUUUAGUGUUGCAAGGUUUUCAAAAUAGUAAUAAGGAAAUGUUGAACUUCAUAUUAGCAAUUAAUAAGUUUGUGUUCUACGUAAAUACCAAAAUAAA